AAGUAGAAGGGGGUGGUGCGUGCGUGUGCGUGCGUGUGCGUGCGUGUGCGUGCGUGUGACUUAGGAGGAAGUGUUGUAGGCUAGUAUGUGGUUGCUGAAUCUGUAGCAUAUUUUAAGUAGUGGUGAGACCCUCAAACGACCGACAUACCCCUGCCCAUAGAAGAACAAAGCAAACUUGGAUUUUCUUUGUGUUUUUGUAUCAGAAAAUGACAGUUGGGGUCAAAUGUUUUGGUGGCAGAUACUGUUUUGGGGGUCAAAAUGCACAUUUCUGUUGGGAAAUCAUAUAAAGUCUCUAAAAACUGUACUGUGUGUAUUGGGUCAUUUGUUUGAUAGUUUACACGUAGUAUAUUUGAAUUAAUAAUUAGUAAACCUAUAGCCUCGCACAAAUUUAGUAAUUAGUGAAAAUAAGCCAACAAAUGGUGAAUUUUAUGCUAUUUUCCUUUUCCAAUUAUACGAAAAUGAACCGCAAUGUAAUAUUAGUAUUAUCAACCAUGCCAUUUGAUAUCUCAAAAUAUGCCGACACGUCUUGAGAUGAGAUGGCAGUGUUUAUAUUCCACAUAACUUUUACGAUUUUUGAAAAAAAUGUUAAAAUUUUAUCCCACCCCCUAUUUUGUCAAAAAGUGCAAUUUUGGUUCCCAUUGUUAAUUCAAUGAAUAAUAGCUUUAUACAACACGUACCUAUCACCGUUUGCAAAUUCAUUUCUAUAUAGGAUAUAUUGAAGCCUGAAGGUUUGUCUAAAAUCAAUGAUUUCUUAACCACUGUAGAGAUCAAUUUGAAGGUCAAUGUCUCUUUGAAGGUCAAGUUUUACAUCAAUGCAUAUACUGUACAACAAAAUGCUACAGAGGCACAUACAGCUACCAUUACUGAUUCUGGGUAUACUUAGUAAAGCCCUACAGUGUGUACGAAGAAACCAACAAAAAAUGAGCACAACGAAAAAACUACUCCCCCUCACAAAUGGACCAGCAGAUGCUACUGUGGACGCAGACUCCACCUCAAGACACACAGUUGUGGCAUUUCUUGUUGCACUGCAUCAGAACAAACAGUUGAUUGGAAAAGAUGGCCUUCUUCCAGCAAAUAAAUAUCUCAACAACAUCAAGAACAGAGUUGGAGGAAUUAAACAGGACAUGUUCAUCCAGUGCCCAAGUAUCAUCUGGUUGUUCAACUACAACACACACCUGGAUCAGAUCCUCGACUCUCUGGCGUACACAGGCUUGGCUCUGUCUCUGUUCCUUGUCAUACGUGGAGCUGCAAACUGGUUCAUCAUGUUGGCGCUGUGGGUGAUUUACCACUCCAUUGUCAGUGUUGGGCAGCAGUGGUUCAGCUUUGGUUGGGAGUCUCAGCUCUUGGAGACUGGCUUCCUGGCUAUAUUUCUGUGUCCUGUGUGGAACCUGUCGACCAUUCCGCAGCACACGCCCACAUCUCUCAUCAUCAUCUGGGCAUACAGAUGGCUCAUUUUCCGCAUCAUGUUAGGAGCGGGUCUGAUAAAGAUCAGGGGAGACCAGUGUUGGAGAGACCUCACUUGUAUGAACUAUCAUUAUGAGACCCAGCCGGUGCCGAACCCCCUGAGUUACUACCUGCAUCAGUCUCCCGAGCUGAUACACAAGAUGGAGACACUCAGCAACCACUUCAUCGAACUUGUGGCCCCAUUCUUCCUGAUCCUCGGACGGAGAAUGACCAUCAUCGGUGGAGGAAUACAGAUCUUCUUUCAGGUUGUGUUAAUCACCAGCGGUAACCUCAGUUUUCUCAACUGGUUGACCAUUGUCCCUAGCCUGGCAUGUUUUGAUGAUCGCAGUUUAAGUUGGAUGUUCUCUGGGGGUUCUCGGUCUGUCAAGUGUCAGGUAGCCCAAAUACAACACCAGACUGAAACUGGAAAAGUGACACCUAAAAUGGGUGGUUAUAUCAGACGUGUGUUCAACAUCAGCUUCGGCCUCCUAAUCGCCUAUCUGAGUGUCCCUGUCGUCCAGAACCUCCUCUCACAACGUCAAGCCAUGAACACAUCGUUCGAUUCCCUGCGGCUUGUCAAUACAUAUGGAGCAUUUGGAAGUGUUACCAAGGAGAGAACAGAGGUCAUAAUACAAGGGACCUCGAGCAGUGACCCCAGCGACCCCGGUGCCAAGUGGCUGGAGUAUGAGUUUAAGUGUAAGCCUGGCAACAUCAAGCGGCGGCCGUGCAUUAUCUCCCCUUACCACUACAGGAUGGACUGGCUUGCAUGGUUUGCAGCUUUCCAGAACUAUCAGUACAACCCCUGGCUGGUGCAUGCUGCCAUGAAACUACUGAUUAAUGAUGAAGGCACGACGUCACUGAUUGCUCACAACCCAUUUGAAGAUCGAACACCACCGAAGUUUAUCCGAGUCGAACAUUACAGAUAUGUCUAUACAAAGGUUGGAAGCAGGGAAGCCAAGUCGGGAGCCUGGUGGCGCCGUAAACACAUCGGAAACUAUCUGCCGCCAAUAUCGCUGAGAGCUGCACGAGACAUCGCCAGACAGAUGGACUGGGACAUACCUAGAUUGAAGAGAAAGUAACCAUGACAACACUGCAGGGAAACCUGCCGGUGUACUUAGUGUUGAUGUCUGCUUCCAGGGGAGGAGAUUAUUGUUUCAGAGUUUUUAUUUCUUUUGAGCUUCAACUUUAUAUGAAUGAUUCUUUGAAGGAAUUUUUUUCCAUCAAUCUCAUUAAAAUCAGAUCUUAGUUUUCGCUAACGCUAAACAAAGAUCUGAGG